AUGAGUUCUGAUUUAUCUCCAUCUGGCACGAAGCAAACAUCCGAUGUGUAUAAUGAUGUUCAUCAUGCCCCUGUCACGUCCGUGCUUGCGGAUGGCGAUGUUAUAUAUGCGGACCAUGAAAUGGACGCUGAUGAGCGCGUGAUUAGAGCUCUGGGGUAUAAACAGGAGUUCAAACGCGAGCUUUCUUUAUGGACUACUUUUUGUAUUAGUUUUUCUGUUCUUGGGUUACUUCCAUCGUUCGCGAGUACAGUCUAUUAUGGUAUGGGAUACGCAGGGACAGCUGGCAUGGUUUGGGGGUGGCUCAUCGCUAUGAUAUUUAUUCAAUGCAUUGCCUUCUCAAUGGCGGAGCUAUGCUCUGCUAUGCCUACAAGUGGCGGGUUAUACUACGCAGCAGCAGUCCUUGCACCUCCAGGCUGGGGUCCCUUCGCCGCAUGGCUUACAGGAUGGUCAAACUGGAUCGGACAAAUUACCGCAGCUCCCUCGGUUGACUAUGCCCUGUCUGCAAUGAUUCUAGCAGCCGGAUCAAUCACCAAUCCAGGCUAUGUCCCAACAAAUUGGCAGAUAUACCUUCUAACAGUCUUGAUACUUAUCAUCCACACCGUGAUCAGCAGUCUCCCCACAAAGCGCGUUGCCCAAUUCAACUCCUGGGGCUCAACAUUCAACGUAGUCGCACUCAUAGCAACAAUCAUCAUCAUCCUAGCAAUGGUGAAAACCAAGCCAAAAUUCACAAACGCCCACGAAGUCUGGAGCGAUAUCAAAAAUCAAACGGAUUUCCCGGAUGGCGUCGCUGUACUCAUGACUUUCGUCGGGGUAAUCUGGACCAUGUCCGGAUACGACUCGCCCUUCCAUUUGAGUGAGGAGUGCUCCAAUGCAAACGUUGCUUCACCCCGUGCGAUUGUUUUAACCUCCGGUGUUGGCGGUGUGAUGGGUUGGUUCUUACAGCUUGUCGUUGCAUACACGGUUGUUGAUAUUGAUGCCGUUAUCGAUUCGGAGCUUGGACAGCCAUGGGCUUCAUACUUGUUGCAGAUCCUGCCACAGAACGCUGCGCUGGCCAUUUUGGGAUUAACCAUUGUUUGUGGCUUUUCUAUGGGUCAGGGAUGUAUGGUUGCCGCUUCGCGUGUGACAUAUGCCUAUGCUCGCGAUGACUGCUUCCCUUUCUCGAAGUACUGGAAGAGCGUAAACGCAACUACACAAACACCCGUUAAUGCCGUUAUCCUGAAUACUGUUCUGGGAAUAUUAAUGUGUCUCCUCGUUCUAGCUGGAACUGUCGCUAUCGGUGCUCUAUUCUCCAUCGGUGCCAUCGCACAAUUCGUCGCUUUUAUCAUCCCCAUCUUCAUUCGAGUUUUCUUUGUUGGAACACGCUUUCGCAAGGGUCCGUGGCAUUUGGGUCGCUGGGGUCCUCUUAUUGGUGGCUUGGGUGUAGCAUUUGUGGCGCUCAUGGUGCCCAUUCUGUGUUUGCCUAGUGUUACGAAGGGUGACUUGUCGCCGGAUCUGAUGAAUUGGACUUGUCUGGUUUAUGGUGCACCUAUGUUGGUUAUUAUCAUAUGGUGGUUUGUUGAUGCGCACAAAUGGUUUAAGGGGCCGAAGGUCAAUUUGGAGCAUGCUAUUCAUCCUGUGCAUGAUGAGCCUGAAGUUAGUGAGGGCGUGGAGCCGGGAAAUGUUCAGGUAGCGGCGGAUGCGAAGGGGUCCGAGAAGUCGGAUGAGCCUCUUCCAAAGUAG